UUACCUUUCAAGUACUGCAUAGGAUACUAACUCCAGAAGGAACUGCCAACCAAAAUAAGCCAGGGCCCAUCAGCUGUAGAAUAUAAAUCCCAAUGCUUAUCUAAUCUGCAGAUGGAUUGCCACUUCUCUUUCCUGUAGACACACUGUGAUAUACAUAUUUUUCUUGCUGGGGAAAGACUGAGGAGGAGGAUACCAAGAACAAGGACAGGUAGAGGGUUCUUCUGUUCUUGCUUCUUAGGCCAUAUGGAGAUCCAGCAGCAGAAAGGGGUUGGCAAUUCCAAGGUUGUGAAGGUUGAGAAGGAGGCGGCAUGGGAUCUGUUCAUCAGUCAAGCAAGCAGCGAAGGCCGCCCUGUUGUUGCCCAUUUUGGGGCUUCAUGGUGUGUGACUUCCCUGUCUAUGAAUUACAAGUUUGAGGAGCUAGCUCAGACCCACCCUGAGAUAAUGUUCCUCUAUGUGGAUGUUGAUGAUGUCCAGAGUGUUUCGUCCAGGCUUGGAGUUAAGGCCAUGCCCACAUUUUUUCUCAUCAAGGACAAGGAGGUGGUGAACAAGAUUGUUGGUGCCAACCCAGAUGAGGUCAAGAAGAUGGUGGAUGCUUCUGCUGACUCCUUUGGGGCUACAGCUCUUCCUGACAUAGUGGUGGAGUAGAUUAAGAAGCUGCUGCCUUAUCUUCUGAAACUUCGCUGUGACCGUGGGUACUUCUUGUUCUUGGUCAGGUGUUGAAAAUGCCUCCUUAUUGUCGAUCUGUACAUUCUUCUCUUCUAGCUUUGUUCCUGUGACUCUGAAAUCUGAAUGGUGCCCCUUUAGGGUACGAACAAUGCGCCUACGUGGCCAAUGGCUUCAGCUGUGGCUUUACCAUGACCUCUGAAUUUUACAUGCGUUUUGAGUG